GUGCAGUGCAGUGACAUACAGAUCAGACGGCGCUCUGUGAUUAGGCUGAGUGUUAACUGAAAUUCAACUAGGCUUAUUUACAGAGAAAUUUGGUCUUUUUUUUCCUGUGACAUUGGAUCAAAACCAUUGAAUAGAAUGGCGGCAGAUAAUAUUGUCAUCAAACAGGAAGUGACGGACGCCAUGAACCUGGAGGAACGUAUUUUAGAGAUGUGCAAGGACGAGGCUAAAGGCGUAGCCGAUGCUUUCAUUAGGCAGCAGCUUCCUCACAUAGAUGCCCAGCAGAGAGUCAAAGCCAUCAAUCGCCUACUGUCAUUGGGCAAGAUUGAUCUCGUGAAACAAGGAUCGGAACUGUUAUACAGACUCAAAGAUCCGUCCUCCAUUAGUAAAGUGAAAGGUGUGGACAACCAGGAGAGACUGGUCUACCAGAUCAUCGAGGAGGCUGGUAACAAAGGCAUCUGGAUCCGUGACAUCCGCCUUCGUAGUAAUCUCCUGCUCACGCAACUCAAUAAGAUCUUGAAGACGUUAGAGAGCCGGAACCUCAUCAAAGCCGUCAAGUCCGUCGGGGCCUCCAAACGCAAGGUGUACAUGCUGUUCAAUCUGGAACCAGACCGGUCGGUGACGGGAGGUGCCUGGUACAGCGACCAAGACUUCGAGUCGGAGUUCGUGGAAGUCCUCAACCAGCAGUGUUAUAAGUUUCUCCAACAGAAGGCUGAUCUAGCUGCCGAGUCCCAGCUGGACCCAAUUCUGAGACGCAACCAGUCCUACGGGUCCUCUGAAGACGUCUGGAAAUUCAUCCGAGAACUUGGCAUUAGCAAGGUUGAACUGGCUGUUGAAGACAUAGAAACCAUCUUAAACACACUCAUCUAUGAUGGCAAAGUUGAGAUGACGGUUCAGUUAAGGGCAGGGGCAACAUCGUCUGGCACACCAGGCCAGGUCAAACUAUACCGAGCCACCCAGCCACUGACUGAGCCCGCUGGCAUCAUGAGGGUCCCAUGUGGGGUGUGUCCGGUGUUCAACCAGUGUUACGAUGGAGGUUCAAUAUCACCUUCCACAUGUGUCUACAUGAAAGAAUGGAUGGAUUAUUGAACAGGCAGUUCCGGGAAUGCCGUCAGCUCAAACUCGGUAUUUACUGUCUGGAAUGGAAAGUCUGAACUGCCAGCCAGAAAGUUCAGCUAGCUUGAGUGAAUGGCUCACUUCCUUGGAUUGGUGCAGUCACAGUCUGACAUGACUGAAUGAUCGUUGCAGUGAAGGAAAAGUCUGUAUUUCCCUCGUAGACCUGUUGAAAAAAUGGAUCAACUUGGUGAGAUACAAGUUCUCAAAAGACUGUACUUGAAGUAGGCUGUUGAUAUGUCUGUGUGGCUGGUUCGGGCAGAUUACCAAAGUGGACAGCUAAACAGACAAGGUGUCUGCUGCCUGGUACAAAAGCACAAUGUCGUCAUUUGUUGAGUUGUGACUUGUGUAAAACUGAUGCACCCAAUGCCAUUCUGCCAGGCACAACCAUGCAGUGAAGACCAUCAGCCUAGCCCGCAAGGGCUGACAAGAGGGCAGUAAUCAAACUCUUAAUUCUGAAACCAAUGUGGACAGAGUUUAUAUAAAAAGAGUAAGCCAAUUGUGCAGCCUGCAAAUACUGCUUGGUUUAUCCUAGCCAUUCAUGGUGGAAGUUCAGCUGAAAGAGGAACCCACCAACAUGCAUUGCCAGUUUAACUAUCUUAUUAACCCUAACCCCCUAGGGUGUAUGUAAAAUCAUAUUGAAAGCGGAGGAUUUGGGACUGUUAGGGUUAAUUGGGCUUGCUUGAAUUAUGUCAUGAGCCUAAACAUCAAUUCUUCAGUGAACUCACACAAAUGACUGAACUGAUUAAUCAGUCCAUUUUGGGAUAAUUGUUUCAGUCAGGUUUUGUUCAAAUUUAAAGCCCAUAAAAAUACCGGCAUCCUAUUUGACAGAUGUAAAAAACAGACAAAUAUGUAUGUCAGUGAAAGAGUAGCUGCAAUCAAUCUGGUGAAAUGCAGAUCUUCCAAAAGCACCUUUGUUUCUCAGUUAAUCUCAUUUUGUAACUUUUGUUUCACAAUUUACUAGCUUUUGGUUUUUGUGAUGAGAUUUCCUUAUUCAUGAGCGAAACAGUGUCAUGUCAUCCCAGGAAGACGACCUCGGUGUUACAUUGGUUUGUACAAAAGUCCUGCCUUUUUGUAGCUUUUGCUGGACUAAAUUUUCUCUCCUUACGGAUUCAUUGUGAUUAAUGUGAAUAGCAAUCAGUGUUUUCAGUAAGUGAAAUAUAGAUGCACAAUUUCGACAGAAAAACUUAUGCACUGAACUAUGUCUUCCGUGGAUGAUAUCACAGCAACAAGGUUCUCAGUUGUCCAGGAAAGCAUGGAUAAUCUUAAGUGUUUAAAAGGGGGUUUUUUUUCAAUGCAUUUAAGCUGACACGAACAUAAAAGAUCUUCCUUACAUUGAAGACGAAUGCAAGGUAGAAGGAUUGUUUUUUAAGAGAAAUUGACUACAGCUAUAUAUUAACAUGGUUAUCAAUUUGGUCUGCUUAAACUGCCUGGAAUACCCCAGCCUUUCACAUAAUUAUCUCGAAUCACUUGCACUAAAUCUGUAGUCCCCUGCCUAAUUGGAAGACCCCAUUCUCUUAGACACCGACGAGGAUGGCUUACAAGAGCCUGGAUAAUUUCUCUUUGAAGUUUAUCUGAGAGUGUUUCUGAAUUCAGGGCUCCUCAGCAUUGCUUGCCAAGUCUGCUAGGAACAAAGACAACCAAAUGAAAGGAUGACUUCAUUUACAGAGUUAAGUCUGCGUGCAUCACAAAACCCUAUCACAUACAUGUACUUAAUCACAAGUAACAAGGGACUGUUGGUUUGGAAAGACUUAUGACGUGAUGAGAUGUUUUCCUGAGUUUUCUGUAAUGGCCAUUGGUGUAUCCAGGUGUUGGGUGGGGACUGUGGAAUUUUGCUAUCCAUAAAGGAAUCCCCACCCCGAUGAAUAGAAUGUUUUUUCAACUUUUUUUUUUUCACUUUGAACACCUUUAUAACAAAUUUCCUUUUUAUGACGGACUUUGUAUUAUCAGUAUUGGAAAGCAAAGAAUAAAACGACUUGGAGCGUAAA